GGCGAAGGAACUUGGAAGCGACGUCGCCACGUCUGGAGAAGGGAGUCCAUGUCGGCUACCUUGUUAGGCUUUUCCAUAGACCUUUCCUAACCCCCCAACAAGAAGAAGAACAACAAAGUAGUGUGCAGGCUUACUCCCCAAGUAAGCGAAAAGUCACAGAAAAAAAACAGGAAAAAAAGUUUCUGAAAAAAGUGCCACAUGAAUCUUUAUACUGGAUGGUGACCCCAAGGGUGUUAACCGGAUGAAGCACCUCUCAAGAUGGCUGAUUGUCACCACAUUGGCAGUACAGGGCGUUUGUGGUCAGGAGAAGAAGGAAGACACCGUGACAGUACAGCUGAAGCAAGGAGCUAUUACAGCCAUGAAAGAAACCCUCAGUGAUGGAGACAGUGACAGAGGCAAUGAUCGAUUCUAUUACAGUAUCAAAGGCAUUCCCUAUGCCCUGGCCCCUGUUGAGGGUUUGAGGUUCAGGGAUCCUGUCCCUCCCACAGGCUGGAAAGGGACGAGAGACGGGAGUGUCUCCCCACCCAAGUGUCCUCAGUUGAGUCCUGAUGCUGUGAAGGAUGGAAAGUUUGUUGUGGAGGGGAACGAAGAUUGUCUUUAUCUUAAUGUGUAUACACCAAGGCCAAACAUUUCUGAUUUACCUGUCAUGGUGUGGAUCCAUGGGGGUGCCUUCAUUUCUGGCGGAGCAGAAGAGUAUGCCCCCCUGGCUCUACUGAGCAAAGAUAUAGUCUUGGUAUCAAUACAGUACCGACUGGGAACGUUAGGAUUCUUCUCAACUGGAGAUAAUGUCAUGCCAGGGAAUCUGGGACUCAAAGACCAAACGUUAGCCCUUGAUUGGGUGAAAAACAACAUUAGAAGACUUGGAGGUGAUCCUUCCAGGAUUACUCUUAUUGGACAAGGUUCUGGCGCAGCCUCUGCCCACUUUCAGAUCCUCACACCAGCAGCAGCAGGCUUGUUUGAUAAAGCAAUUUUACAGUCAGGCUCAGCAUUAAGUCCAUGGGCACUGCGCAAUGACCAUCAAAUAGUGGCCCAUACUGUAGGUUUGAUAUACAACUGUUCUGGAAUAACUGAGGACCCUCCUACUAUAGAGUCAACAAGACUUUUAUACUGUCUUCAGGCAUUGUCUUUAGAUGAUCUAGUUCCUCUACCAUCUUUUUUCACAGUAUGGCAAAAUUCUCCAGUUGUUAUGGUACCAAGAGUAGAUGGAAUGUAUCUACCUGACUAUCCUGCAGUACUUUUGAGAGAUGGAAAAUAUAACAAAGUGAACCUGAUAUCAGGCUAUACUCAGCAUGAAGGAGCACUUGCUGCCAUGCCUUUAUUGCUUAACAAAUCCAUGGCUGAUGCUGUAAUUGAUGACUUCCAAGCAGUUGCUCCUGCAAUGUUGUAUCUUGAAAAUGAGAGCUCUGCUACACAAGUUGCUCAGAACAUUUACCAGUUCUAUCUGGGAAACCAGAAGAUAUCUUUGGACUUGGCAGAUCAAACUGUUCAGAUGCUGAGUGAUGCAAGUGCAAAAGUAACUCAAGAUGAGGUUGCUGCGCUACAUUCGGCCACUGGCUAUGUCUUUGCCUAUGAACUUCAGCAUAGAGGUCAAAAUAGCAUAAUAGAUCUUUACAAUUCCACCACUGGGAAAAAAUGGGUAAGCCAUGCAGAUGAUCUCCAAUACUUAUUCAGUGAAAGUCCAUACUUCCCUCAGCUUGAGAAAACAGAUGACAAACGUGUGCGUGAUUUAAUUACAACCCUGUGGACCAACUUUGCCGCAACUGGAUUCCCAACACCAAAUGGGUCAUUGGGCUUUGCUUGGGUGGCUGUAAGUCCGACGUGUCUUAGAUAUUUGGCCAUUACAACAUAUCCUUUCCUUGCAAAUUAUGACAGAGAUGGGAUCCUGAGGUUUUGGCAAACCCUCCCUCUCCAAAGAAACGUAAUCCUUCAUCCUGAAAGAUUUUCCUUCAGGCCUCCAUUUUUCCAAGUUCCUCCAAGAUUCACUUCAUGCUUUGAAAAUCCGCCAAUGAUUGUAAAAGGAAUAAAUAGGAACAGCGUAUAUCCCAAUUGGCAGCCAUUUCCAGGACAGCAGUACCGCUUGCAAGGACUUAAAAAGAUUCAAGAUAAAAUAGAGCAAAUUUUUGAUAUUUAAGUGUUGUCUGUAAAUUGUUUUACAGUGAUUAUGAACUCUAGAAAAAAGUUUUGUAUCUGUCUUAUGUACUAGUACUAAAUCAUUUUACAGGACCUUGUUAAAUUUAUAGUUUAAUAAUAAAUUUUUUUUUGAAUGGA